AGAAUAAACCCAGAAGGUCAAAAUGGCGGCCAGCGUAUUUCAGAAUGUGGAAAGUGUUGCUCCAAUCGAAGUUUUUAAGCUGUCAGCUGACUACAGAGCUGACCCAAAUCCCCAAAAAGUUAAUUUAGGGGUAGGAGCUUAUAGGACUGAUGAUGGAGAGCCUUGGGUAUUACCAGUUGUUCGUGCUGUUGAAGCAGCCAUGGCUCAAGAUCAGCUGUUGAACCAUGAAUAUCUACCUAUUUCUGGUCUGGGAGAUUAUUCUAAGGCUGCCACUGCUCUUCUAUUAGGAUCGGACAACAAAGCUAUCGCGGAAAAUAGAGCUGCAGGAUUUCAAGCUUGUGGAGGAACUGGAGCCCUUAGAAUUGGUCUUGAGUUUUUGAAAAGGAAUUUACAUGCUGACACCCUUUAUGUGUCGAAUCCCACUUGGGGAAAUCACAAGCUUUUAGGCAAAAUGAUUGGCUAUACGAACAUCCGUGAAUAUAGAUACUGGAAUCAAGAAAAGAGAGUAAUCGAUUUUGAAGGCUUCGUCGAAGAUUUACAGGGGGCACCCGGAUUUGAACCGGGGACCUCUCGAUCUGCAGUCGAAUGCUCUGCCACUGAGCUAUACCCCCUCGCGACAGUCAAUUUGCAGGGGCACCCGGAUUUGAACCGGGGACCUCUCGAUCUGCAGUCGAAUGCUCUGCCCCUGAGCUAUACCCCCAGUGAUAGCGAUUUAAAAGGGGCACCCGGAUUUGAACCAGGGACCUCUCGAUCUGCAGUCGAAUGCUCUGCCACUGAGCUAUACCCCCACUGCAAGAGUUUCACUGUCAAUGAUUCUUUCCCAAAGUUCCUCUGGAAGAAAAUUAAAAAACAUAGGGGGCACCCGGAUUUGAACCAGGGACCUCUCGAUCUGCAGUCGAAUGCUCUACCCCUGAGCUAUACCCCCAAAAAUGCCCCCGAAGGAGCUGUCAUUAUGUUCCAUAUGUGCGCUCAUAACCCAACUGGUAUGGAUCCUACAAUGGAGCAAUGGGCAAUUCUUUCUGACAUCGUUAAGAAGAGGAAGCUUUUUCCCUUCUUUGAUUGUGCCUACCAAGGCUUCUCAUCUGGCGACGUUGACAAAGAUGCUGCUUCCCUGAGAUUCUUUGUUAAAGAAGGACAUGAAAUUUUGGCAUCUCAAAGCUUUUCGAAGAAUUUUGGACUCUAUAAUGAGCGUACGGGAAAUUUAAUUUUUAUCGCAAGCUCUGCAACAAUUUUGGAUGCUGUAAAGACUCAAAUGGAAGUUGUUAUAAGAACUUUAUGGUCGAAUCCACCAAAUCAUGGAGCAAGAAUUGUUGCCACUGUUUUAAAUAAGAAUACGUAUAAGCAAGAAUGGCUUGAGCAUGUAAAGGAUAUGGCUAACAGGAUCCUUCUUAUGAGGCAACAGCUAUUUGAAAAAUUUCGAAGUUUGGGAACUAAGGGAAACUGGGAUCAUAUUGUAACCCAAACUGGAAUGUUUAGCUACACUGGAUUGACUCCCCAACAAGUCGAAUAUAUUAACAAGAAAUACCAUAUUUACAUGUUGAAAUCUGGAAGAAUCAAUAUGUGUGGCUUGACUACGAAAAAUAUGGAUUAUGUUGCCAAUGCUAUUCAUGAUGCUGUUACCAACAUAACAGAAAACAAACUAUGA